UAACAACAACGACCCCAAGAUUGCAAGAUACCUAUCUAGGUAGACAAAACAGUCGUCGGUGGCACCAACUCCCUUGCGCCAGACUCCUUACGACAAUUAGCAAUUCCUGGCGCGUUUGGACCGCCAACCCACAUCAACAUGAAGCUCGUCAGAUUUCUUAUGAAAUGCGCCAACGAGACGGUGACGAUUGAACUGAAGAAUGGGACAAUCGUCCACGGCACCAUCACCUCCGUCUCUCCACAAAUGAACACCGCUCUUCGCGCUGUCAAGAUGACUCCCAGAAACCGCGCCAACGCUUCAGUACCCGGUGAGACCAUUUCCUUGGACACGAUCAACAUCCGUGGCUCGACAAUUCGAUACUUCAUCCUCCCAGACUCGUUACCACUCGACACGCUCCUGAUUGACGACCAACCCAAGCCCAAGAAUAAAGCGAGAAAAGAAGGAGAAAGCCGCGGCGGCAGAGGUGGCAGAGGCGGCCCGAGAGGAAGAGGCCGUGGCGGGGGCCGCGGACGAGGACGAGGAAGGGGUUUCUAGGCUCAACAGGUGGACAUGAUGGUUUGAAGAACGUUUGUAACGAGGCACGCGAUUCAUGGCUCAUAUGGGCAAGAUGGCACGCAGGCAGCCGUUGUUGUGUCUAUACUAGUCAAGGGUCAUUGGCGGUGUCAAGAAAUUGCAUCCAUGCGGCAGGCAGGUUUUCUUUUGGAUUGUCACAGGCCCCGACCUCGGCGUUGUCAGGAUGAAAACCCAAAUCCAGGUGCACAGGUCGUGCGAGCGCUUUGAGAUCUAAAAAGGUAGAGACGAAAGAUCAUGAUCACCAGCCGAGCUAUCAGGUGCUCAGACCGGAGGUGGUCGCUAGCAGGCUAUAUCAUUCCACGAGAAUCGCCCAGCCAUACAAUAUGUACGAGGUGUGCACAAGUGGAAAGGGGCGGGCAAGUGAUUUCUCCAGUACAGAACCUGCAGUCUCUUGUUUUGUUGUUUUGCAUGUUGGCACAAUUGACGAGCGAGCACUGCCUCGUUGGUCUACACAAGGCCCAGAGUAAUACUUUUAUACGACUCGAAUCACGAACGUCACUUGAUCUUCCCACUGGCGAUUGGUUGAAAGUACUAUUUUGCAACUCUUCGACGGGAAAAGCAGACGUAUGCUGCUCGUGCGGGCUUGUUGGACGAUCAAUGAGAACACACGGGGACUUCUCCGGCUGAUGAAUUCUUACCCCGAUGUCCAUUUCGUUAUCAAAACGAACCUCAUCAUGAAAUUCGUCGCCUUCAUCAUCCACGCUAGCUUUCAAGAGGAACCCCCGAGUCUAGGUGUAUCCCACGAAACCGACAAAGUCG